ACCCUUUGAGGAAGAGAAGACUGCUUACAUGUCUCACACAAGUCUUCCUUAAAAAUACAUUUUAAACAUGAUGUCGGCUACACCGAGCCUCACCCACGUUCAACAAAAGAUAGAUGAAGUCAAGCGGUUUCUGGCUAUAGCCUUGAGCAUCGCUAACGCGCACACUGUAGAGUUUUACACCCACGAUGUGUGGAGUCACUUCAUGGAUGUGGCACCAGAGGAGGUGCUGUCAGCUGUCAUUACCCACGGAGUCCACCAGAGGGAGCACAAAUGCAAAGAAAAUGAGAAAGUUCAAGCCACAUUUGGUUUUUGCCCUGAAUCCCAUCGUCUGGUAAAUAUUUUUGAAAUGCUAGAAGCAGCAAGGAUGCACUCUCUUCCUGGUCUUGGUAUCUGUCUCAGCCGAGAGGAGCUGCUAUUGUCUAUGCAGCAAAUCUGCUCAAAUUCAGGUUCUUCAACAACAAAUGCAGUUUGUGCUACGCUUGAAACAGAUGAGUUUAUGAACUCUAAGAAGUCCCAUGAAGUCCAGUGCAUGUCUGAGAUUGUAGCACAUUUGGCCCAGGGAUGCCAAGUCAAACAGAUUAUAGAUGUUGGCUCAGGGAAGGGCUAUUUGAGCUCCUUCUUGUCAAUGCAGUAUGGCCUUCAGGUGUAUGGUAUUGACUCCUCCAGUACAAACACCCAUGGAGCCCAGGAAAGAGACCGGAAACUUAAAAAAUUCUCCAAGGCCUUCCAGCAACACAGCAAAGAAAAGAAAAGGAACACACCUCAAGGAGAAAUAAAGUCUAACAACAUAACACAAACUGACAAAAGAACAGAAGUAGAAAAGACAGAAAUGCCAUCGUCAUCAGGGGAUGAUUUGCCUAAUGUUAUAGAGGAACAUUUGGAACCAGACAAGACAAACCAAGAAUCUUCAGACGACUUGUUUUUAAACGCAUUAUCUUUAGAUUUGAUUGAGACAACAUCAUUGAGAGCACCUUCUAGCCAACUGACCAAAGAGGAACGAGAGAAGAGGAAGCAGGAGAAUUUAGAAAGAAAAGCCCAAAACACAAGUAGCAGUGAAGGUCCCUUGUUUUCACCUAUCACAUCUUAUGUUACUGCAGAAACAGAACUACGAGAGUUAAUCAGUGGACUACAGGCUGCAGUUCUUGUAGGCUUACACACUUGUGGGGACUUGGCUCCCAGCUCUCUGAGGAUGUUUGUGGCUAAAACAGAGUUAAGUGCAGUCUGCAGUGUGGGCUGUUGUUAUCACCUACUGUCUGAAGAGUUUGACCCCACAGCUGAGGAGGGAUCACAUGCUGUAAAUGGAUUUCCUUUGAGUCAGUACCUUCGUGACCAGUCCUGGUUUUGUGGAAGAAAUGCCAGGAUGUCUGCGUGCUUGGCACUGGAGAGGUUUUCUCAUGGCCAAGGGAUUCCAAUGGAGUCUUUGUUUUAUCGGGCUGUACUGCAUGUUAUACUCAGGGACCACUAUGGAUCAUUUAAAAGUGAAAAACGAGUGGGCAAUGUUUACUCCAAGACUAAAUCAUUUGUGGAGUACGUGCGGAGAGCUUUGCAAAAACUGGAGCUUGAUGAGGCAAAGCUUCCCGAUAAUGAAAUCCAGGGUUACCACGACAAAUACAGGCUGCGGAUGAAUGAGCUACAGGCCUUUAGUAUGUUAAAACUGACCCUGGCACCAUGCAUUGAAGGCUUAAUCCUUCUGGACCGUCUGUGUUACCUCAAAGAACAGGAAAAUGUAUCAUUCUCAGCUCUGGUUCAGCUCUUUGAUCCUCUGCUUUCACCGAGAUGCUAUGCUGUCAUUGGACUCAAGAAGAACAGAUGAAGCGGCUGUCAACAAUCAGUAACUGACUUUAUAAUUGGUUUUUUUUCUUCCAUAUAUCCCCUAUAAAAGGUGUAUUUUAGAGAAACUGUAAAUUAUAAGC